AUGGAACAGAUCUCCGAAGAAGACCUCAGCGUGUCACUGACACCUCACCCCGCCUCCUCCUGCGAGGUGGCUCUGCGCGCCCAAGGAAGCGGCGGUGAGCCGACUGCAGGGCAUCCCUCAACUGCCUUUCCACCCCAGACCCCAGCGCUCUACGGGCAAGCUGGCCUCCGCAUCCCCAGGACCUCCCGCUCCCGAGCCGCUCGACCCCCGAGCUCUCGAUCCCGGGCCACCCUGGGGGACCCUGCCGAGGGACCCCCGCACCUCUCCGCAGGGCUGGCUAAGCCCCGAGACCUCCUGCACAGCAGCCGGCUCCGAGAGCCACCCCCAGGUCAUCCCCCCGCUCUCUGGCGACGGCGGCGGCGGCGACGGCGGCGGCUGCGAUCCGAACGGGCCCCUCCAUGCACCGGGCAGGGCGGCCGGAGGGCGCGGCGCCUCUCACGCGGGGCGGGGGCGCUGGGGCGGCGCGAGGUCCCCGUCUCGUACCGAGCCGCGCGAGCCGGGCACCCGGGCUCCGGGAGGGGAGCUGGGGGGCGGAGUCCCGGGGCGCGCCCCCGCGGCCGCGCUCCUCCCCGCGGAGCGCGCGGACGCCCGGCACCAGAGCCGAGGGAGGAGGGCACCGGCGGAGACGGAGGCGGGCCGCAGAGGCCGGGGCUCCCCGCCCGCGCCCCGCCGCGGGGUGCGCGCGCAGCCUGCCAGAUCAGCGGCGGGCAGGGCUGUACCACUGCACCGAGGGGGGACUCUCGGAGCGCUGGCGCCUACGCGCCACCUGUCUGCCCGCUCCACACGGACACCCCUGCAGGCAAGUGCGGCCGAAGCCUCCAGUUCUGCCGACCCGGUGAGGGCGAGUUGCCUGAGCCAGACACCGAGGCUCCAGUCAGAUCUGCACUCACUCUCCCCUCACCUUCGCUCGCCCCGGAGAGGCGGCAUUCCUGGCCGGUGCACCCUCUGCACGUUCCCGGGUUCCCGCCUAUGCCCCGCCCCGGCCGCCUACCUUUUGAGAAACCACCUUGUGUUGUUGCUCUGGUGUUGACCUAG